GCGAUACUAUCCACAUCAGUCUGCUUUUCUGUUCCUGCAUUGUCACAGCAGUAGGGUUAUAAAUAUAAUAUAUAGAAUAGUGACAUUUGUUACAGUAUGUUGACUUUAUUCCAAAGGAAGUUUCCACUAGCAUUUAUCUUUUCUUCUGUGGAUUUGAUAAACACAAAAGUCGUAUAUCAAACAACACUGUGUAUGUACGGUAUGUACGGUAUGUUGAUCGCUACCAUCAUCGUCACCUUUAUCCCUUUAUUAGCGUUACCUUCACUCAUAUUUCUCAUUAUGGUUACCGAUGUUUUUUAUUCAAUUGUGCAUGCAUACAUCCCAGACUAAGGAAGCUGUUUCUGAUCAGAGUUGAAAGAAAACUCUCAAGAUGACAUUGCUGAACUUUUUACAAAAGAGCGAAGCAAUGAUCACGUUUGCUUCAUAUCC